GUUUUGUGGUUAGAAAGUUUUGUUUUGGUUUUUAUUUAUUUUUCUUAUCAGUAAUUUGAAUAUUAAUUUGAAAGUAACGAUUGUAACGAAUAAUUUAACGCUUACUUUAACAAAAGCAAUGCUUCAGUAAAAGUAGUUUACCUUUAAUAUAAGUUCCGUUCAAUUAUUUUCUGGUAGGGAUAAAGUUUAGUAUGAUUUUAUCGAAACAACAUUUGAUCCUUAAUUCGAAAAACUCCCAACUACUUUCUUUUUUGUACAAACGAAGAUCUGCAAUGUCCACUUCGGGAGUAAACAAGAUCUUCGAAAACUCUUUGAAAUUACCGUCACUUCCAGUGCCUACUUUGACUCAAACUAUUGAUAAAUACAUUAAAACCGUUACUCCUUUUUUGACGGAAUCCGAGUUAAAAAAUACCAGUAGACUGUUAAAUGAAUUUAGCAGUGCUGGAGGUUUGGGCGAGAAAUUGCAGAAACUCCUUGUAGAAAGGGCCCAAAAUCGCGAAAACUGGCUCGAGGAAUGGUGGUUAAACACAUCUUACUUGGAAUACCGUGAUCCUGUCGUCAUUUUCAGCAGCCCUGGGUUAGUUUUCCCCUUUGAGGAAUUCAAAUACGAAAUCGAUAGACUAAAAUACACUGCUAAACUCAUAUUAGCUGCUGUGCAAUAUUAUUUAAACAUAUGGAACGAUAAGCUUCCUGUAGACAAAAUGGGCAAAGAUCCCUUGGAUAUGAAUCAAUAUAAAAAGAUUUUUGGAACCUGUCGAAUCCCAAAACCCCAUCGAGAUACUUUGGAAUUUAAUCCUAACUCUAAGCACAUCAUCAUCGUCAAAAACAAUAAUUAUUACAGAUUGGACGUUUUGAAUGAAACCGGAGACACCCCUAGCUUACACGAAUUAAUCAAUCAACUAACUGUUAUCGCCGAGGAUUCGGUAGACUCAAGUUCCCCAAUCGGAGUCUUAACCGCAGACAAUAGGGACAAUUGGAGUAGAGCUUACGAAGAACUUAUUAAAGAUCCAACAAACGAAGCUUCUGUUCGAGAAAUACAAAACUCAUUAUUCUUAGUAGCCUUGGAUAAACCGAUGCCCGUUGAAAAUGACAGUCGCAGAUCAAUGGCCAGUAAGCAGUUCAUUCACGGUGGCGGCAGUAAAGGGAAUUCCGCCAACCGAUGGUUCGACAAAACUGUACAGUUUAUUAUCGGGGAAGAUGGUACAGUCGGUUUAACUUACGAACAUUCGCCUAGCGAAGGCCAACCGAUAGCUGCAAUGACUGAUUUUUUGAUAGAUCACAUCAGGAACGCUAAUGCAAGUAAUCUACAGGCUACAUUAAAAACGGCGCCUAAGAAAUUGCAUUUCAACAUUAAUGACGCUAUUCAAAGAUACAUACAAACCGCGAACGCAAACAUUGAUAAAUUAGCAAGCAACUUAGACAUGGAUUCAUUUCAGUUCACUUCCUUCGGUAAGGAAUUCGUGAAAUCACAGAAGCUCAGUCCGGACAGUUUCAUACAAAUCGCCAUGCAAUACGCUUUUUACAGGAUACACAAAACGCCCGGAGCUCAUUACGAAUCAGCUGCUACUAGAAAAUACAUUCACGGCAGAACCGAAACAAUACGAUCUUGCUCAAUCGAAUCGAUCGCAUUCUCCAAAACAAUGUUAGAUUCCAAUAAAUCCGUUCAUGACAAAAUCACAGCUCUCCGUGAGGCCAUUCAAUCGCACAAAAAAUAUUCCAUAGAGGCUGUAAAUGGUUUCGGCGUGGACCGCCACCUCUUAGGUUUGAAAUUAAUCGCUUUGGAAAACAACGUGCAAUUGCCGGAGCUUUUUGAAGAUAAAGCUUACAAAUUGAGCGGCCGUAUGCGAAUUUCGACGAGCCAAGUAGCCACUAAAUGCGACGGUUUUAUGUGCUACGCCCCGCUCACGCCCGAUGGUUACGGUUGCUGUUACAAUCCGAGGCCUUGCGAUAUCAAUUUCGGGGUAUCGGCGUUCGCGGAUCAUCCGGAUACCAGCGCUAAGAGGUUCCGAGAAGCUUUGGAAGACAGUUUGAGGGAUAUGCGGGAUGUGUUGGUGGCGGGACAACCGGCGAAAUUAUAAUUUACUCUUUUGUUGUUUGGUGUAUAGGGUUACUUAUACUUGUGGUUGCUGUAACCGCUAAGCAUCCUAUUGAUUCUAUUAAGUUUGCGUAUUUUUAAUAAGAGUAAUUUUUGUAUAAGAUUUUUAUAAACAAACUAGUUUAAGUUGCAUUAUUAAAGUUUUAUUAUUCUCACCAUGCUAUACAAUGAGUAAAAUAAAUUGUUUUAUCAAAUUAGAACAAUGCUACAUUGUAC